AUGGUUAACCUUUCGGUUCAAAGGCGUCUGGCUGCGUCCGUCCUCGGUGUUGGCAAGCGCAAGGUCUGGCUCGACCCGGCUGAGCAAACUGACAUUGCAAACGCCAACUCGCGCGCCAACAUCCGCAAGCUGAUCAAGGAUGGCCAGAUUAUCAGGAAGCCUCAAGUGUCGCAGUCGCGUGAGCGUAUUCGCGACAUGCACAAAGCUAAGCGUCUUGGUCGUCACACCGGCUACGGUAAGCGCAAGGGUACCGCUGAGGCCCGUUUCCCUACGAAGGUGCAGUGGAUGCGUCGCCUGCGUGUGCUUCGUCGCCUGCUGAGGAAGUACCGUGAAGCUGGUAAGAUUGAUAAGCACCUUUACCACGAGCUCUACCUUAAGUCGAAGGGUAACGUGUUCAAGAACAAGCGUGUCCUGAUGGAGCACAUUCACAAGGCCAAGGCUGAGAAGUUGCGGUCGAAGCACCUUGCCGACCAGAUGGAGGCUCGUCGCUUGCGCAACAAGACGCUCCGCGAGCGCCGUGCCCAGCGGGUUGCCGAGAAGCGGGCAGCUAUCCUUGCCGUCGAGCAGCACGGCGAGGAGCAGCAGUAA